AUGAGCAACGUCAACGGAGCUCCUCGGCGCUGGAACAUCGCGGAGACGCGCAGCGUGGCGAAGCGGAAGACCGCGAGCGGCGACAAGUUCGUGAACAACUACCGCCUGCUGCAGACGCUGGGGCAGGGCCGCUUCGGCACGGUGAAGCUCUGCGAGAGGCUCGCGGCCAGCGCAACUACGAGUCCAGCUGCCAGCAAUGGAGACGCAGAGCCUACAGUUGCGUCGCUGCCCCCGCCGGCGUUUGCGCCGCGCAAGGCGCGACUGUUCGCCAUGAAAACCUUCUCCAAGAAGAUGCUGCGCAGACUGAAGGACUACUGCGCGGAGCCUGCAGGGGGCAAGGAAGACGGAGCUGCGGAGGCAGAUGCAGAGGGUGAGGUGCCUAUGAGGAUGCGAGCCGUAACGGCGCUGGACCGAGUGCACGACGAGAUCGAGAUCAUGCGCUCGCUGUACCACCGCAACAUCGUGCUGCUGUUUGAGGUCAUCGAGGCCGACGACAGCGACAAGCUCUACAUGGUGCUGGAGUACAUGGCGCGCGGCCCCUGCAUGGUGUAUCGGCCGGAUGCGAAGGACUUCUACAGCCGGGUGACUGGAGGCACUCUGCCGGAGGAGCUGGCUCGCAGUUACCUAUCGGAUAUCCUGCUCGGGCUACAGUAUCUGCACCAGCGUCAGAUUUGUCACCGCGAUAUCAAGCCUGAUAACGUGCUGCUGAACGACACGGGACGCUGCCACUUGACGGAUUUUGGCUGUGCGAAGGCGUUUGCUGCGUAUGGACACGAUGGCAGUGAGGCGAUGCGGUUGACAGACACGGUGGGGACGUACCAGUUCUUGGCGCCAGAGUGCUGCUCCGGCGAGCCGUACGACCCCUUCAAGGUGGAUAUAUGGGCUGUUGGCGUGGUUUAUUUCAUUUUCCUGUUCGGCAGACUGCCAUUUACGUCGGAGAGCGCGCGAGAACUGUUCGACGAGAUCACUCGCGCAGAGGUUGUGUUGCCCGGCCCAGAUGAGUCUCGCCGCGAUCAACCAGUUAGUCCAGAGGCUCGUGACCUGCUACAUCGACUACUAGAGAAAGACCCCGCGCAGCGGAUCACCAUCGAUGAGGCGUUUCGCCACCCAUGGUUCAUGCAGGAUGAGGAGGAGGAGGAACCUCUUUCGUUCUAA